AUGGAGGCUGGCACUGCUAAAUGUCUUCUGGAUGUGAUAAAGUGAGUGAAGUAUUUUUCAUGUCACCAAAAUUAGAUUUGACAUCUUAUACUGUACGUUAGUGGGCCGGUGAAAGAGAUCUGAAAGAGGAAGUAUUAGUUCAUGCAGGAAUCAACUUUGAUGUUGAAUUUCUCUCUCUCUAUAGCGACCCUAACGCUUUGCAAGAAUUCUUGAGAACCAAUAGCCAGGUGAGCGGAAUACUUUUCUCAAAUUUACUGUGACAGUAUUCAUAAAACACUAUGUGCUGAAGUCAGCUUUGUAACUUUUUGUGAUGCAUGUGGAUCUAAUUUGUCUUGACUCUUCAAUUCAUCUGAAAGGGGGCAGACCAAACCUCAAUUUCUGUGCAUGGCAAUUUUCUUAUAGAUCCAAAAAUUUCACAGUUGUUUGUAUUUACCAAGUCCAUAAUUGACACAAGGUGAUUUCUUAUCCAAACUACUUGAAGGUAGUAUUAAUAUGUCCUGUCCAUACUGAAAGGGGUUGCAAUGGUAAAAUCUUAGACUUGCAAGAUGUUUAGACCCUUUUUUGACAAUCCAAGACUGAGAUUUCAUAAUUAUAUCUUUACAAGCCCUGAUCUUUACUCUCACUUAGCUAUGAUAGUUCCAAGGUUGUAUAUCUGACUUGCAAUACAGUUGCAAGAUACUGUUCUGUGCCUGUUUUUGUAACAAAGCAGCUUUCAGGUUGCAUUAUAAUCAAACCAGCUGGAAUAAUAUGUGUAACUCUAAUGUACUUUUGGUACCAUUUGGUCAAGAUACUUGGCUGUGGGAACAAAUCCUAGAACUUGGAGUGCAAUGCAAGUUUUGGAGACCAAAAUGAAAUGCCCUACUGAAGAAUGUGAUUUUGAAACUCAGUAUGAAAGUUGAUGAAAUUUUUACAUACACUAGAACCCAUUUUCUCUCCCCCCCUUCCCCCCCCCCCUCUCCCAACUUGAACUCAUAAGGGUAAUAAAUAAUGGUUUGAAUAGAAGGGGGUUGGAGUUAACAGGAUUGGUUUUUAAAUUAUCAAUUAGGAAGGAAUGAUUGUUUUACCAUUCUUGCACAAUCAACUGUUAUUUUCAUUUAUUUAGUCAGUUUAAGGGAGCUUUUUGAUAAGACGGUUUAGUCUGUGAAGUUCAGGUUGGCAGGUGUUAAUAGCUUUCUUUAAUGUUUAUAACCCAAUGUCUUUACUUAAUGUUCAAGUCUGGAGUGAAGAUUUGAGCAAAGGGAAAUUAAAAUUAAUUUUGAGUUAAAAGGAAGUUCAAGUGAACCAAGUUUGAGCCAGCUAAUAAUAAAUAACUGAGGAGAUGGGGUCAAAGCAAAGGGAAACCGGAUCUUAUUUAAGUUAGCGGAGGGUUUGAGUGAAUCAUGUUGUAGUAAGUGGGGUUCUAGUGUAAUUCAAUUGUUUAGAGAGCUGUGAUUUUUCAAGGUUCUAUUACACCCUUGAUAAUUUAGGCAAACCUUGUAAAUUUUCCUUUGAGUUUACUGUCCACACUGAUCUUAUCUGAAUAGGAGCAAAACAAUCAUAAGCAGCUAUGUCCCUUGACAACAACAGUGUAUAUGGUAGGAAAAUCUUGGAGACUAGGCAAAUAACCGUAAAUUACAUGGUGCAAGCUGUGGUAGCUCCCAAAACUUUGUCAAACUUCAAAGGAGCUUGUGAAAAAUUAAAAUUUAGAUGCUCUUUCAUAGAUCUUACCUUUAACCCUUUUGUUUCCAAGUUCUCAUUAGUAAUUCUCCUUACUUUCUACCACAGGAUUCCUUUGAUGUUAGUUUGGAGAAUUUGGAAUUGGAUCAACUAGUAACCCCCUACUUGAUGUUUUCCUUUAUUCUCAUCACUUAUAUGCUUGACUUUUAAUUGAUGUUGUAAGGAGGAAUUUUGUCUUGGUCACUCAUGGGAAUGUAAGGAUUUAGACCAGUUUCAAAAGGUUUUUCCAAAUUUAAACAUGUUUUCCUUUAUUUACAGGAUCAUGGCCUUUCUUCUAAAAAUUCAGGGGACUCUAUUUCAGUGUCAACUCCACUGAAUGUGAAUCAUUUACUGACUUCAAAAUUAAAUGCCAGUUCAACAAGAGAAGGUGGGAUUAACAACAGGUUACCUGUAAAUGCAAGAAUUGCUUCACAAGUGUCUGGAACAUCUUUGCCUAGUUCUUCUUCAUUGCCACAAAGUACAUUAGUAAAUUCAGUGGUCAACAAUAGUAGCAUGUCAAGAAAUAGUUCAAGUCCUAAUACUCCUUUUACUGUUGGGGUGGUUCCGUCUUCUGUUCCGGUGUCAAGUGGUGUCAAUUUUCUAAAGGCUGGUAUGGAAAGUCCUGGUAGUUUAGGGAACAAAACUGGCAGUGCACUAGGAAUUUCGUCUUCACCAAAACCUGUGGCUACUACUGCUUCAGUAUUUCAAGGGAAAAAACCCAUCCCAAUCCAACCUAAAACCCCUAAUAUUUCCUCUGCUGUAACAAGCUCAACUGUAGGAACUACAGGAACACGUGGAAUACAGAUUGUGAACUCUGGAUUACCUAUUGUAAUGCAAAAACAGCCUGUUGUUGCACAGCAGAGUAUAUCUUCCUCUGGGCAUCGUGUUGUAUUAAAUGGAACAGAUUCGAAAACAAACGUGAAGACAAGUGUUGCUCCUGUAAAUGCACAUUCUAAUAAAUCUCCUCAAGGUGUGUUACAGCCGAUUCUUUCUACAACUCCUGUCAAACGAAUUGCACCUAAACAGCCAAGUAUAUUACCUCAAACUGGUAUGUCAUCGCCACCUCAAAUUGUGGGUACACAACAUAAGAUACUUCUGCAACAAGUUUCAAAUCAAAUUACUCCUCAAGUGCAAACUGUUAUAAAUCAAGUGUCACCGGGAAAUGCUCAACAACAAAAUCAUACGCAGCUUAUCCAAGCACAGCAGUUACUUAAUUUGAUAAGAGGCCAAAAUCCAAGCACCCAGACAACACAACAGACAUCAACUCAGCUCACACAAUCACAAGCAUUACCUGCAAAUCAGAUUAAACAAAUUCAACAGUUAGUUCAACAGAAACUUUCUAACCAGCAGCAACAACCGCCAGUUGUACAAACGUUGCAACAGAAUGUACUUAGUCCUGCACAGCUCCAAGCUGCUUUGAAACCAAACCAACAGUUUACGACACAAACUGUCCAAGCAGCUCAACCACAAAACAUUGUUGUUCAAGAAGAAGUCAUCAAACAACUUCUUCAACAAGUAUCACAACAAAAAGCUACCCAGAAACUUGUGCAACCUCAGCAAAUAUUUCGGCAAAUACCACAGCAGUCUCAAUCUGUUCAAAAGCAGAUCUUAGUACAGAAUAUUCAACCACAGGGACAGCAAACCCUGCAAACAUUGCAAGUUAAUGUCAAUGCUUCUGCUAAGCCUUCUAACCUGAAUCAAAGAACUGAUGUCUCUUUGUCUCCUGCAAAUAUUCAGCUACAGCAAGUAUUGAAUAACCAGCAGAAGCAGCAAGUGCUUUCUCUCGGACAACAGCAAGUUAACUUAACACAACAGCCGCAAGUGUCAAAGGAACAAGGCGCUAGAGUUCUUCAAGGUGUAACAUUUGUACCAAGUCAACUCAACAAAACCCCUGUAGCACAAGUGUCAAAUCAAGGAGGUAUUGUCCGGCAGGUUAAUUCUGUUGUUCAGCAAGGAAAAACUGGAAUGGCACCUGUUGUCCAUGUUGCAACAACGGCUCAACAGAAUACAGUUUCUCAAGUGCAGCAACAACAAGCACAAGCUGGAGUUCAGAAAGUGUUUAUCAUAAAACAACCUGAGUUGUUACAAAAGCUGGGAUUACAAGGAGGAAAAACUCAACAGACUAUUCAAAUUACACCACAACAGCUACAGGCACUGAAACAGUUGCAAUUACAGCAGCAAGUGGUGAAGCAGAAACUUACUUCAAGUGGUCUUCAAAUAGGAAGUAAUGUGCAAACUAAAAACUUAACAGCAGAUCAGCUGAAGCAGAUACAACUGCAACAGCAACAGCUGCAAGGUUCAGGAGUGAAGCAGGUUGUUCCUCAGGGUCGGGCACAGUCUGUAGUUCAACAACAAGUUAAUGUUAAAACACAGGGGAAAAUGCAGCACAUUCCUAGAAUUCUUCAAACAUCAGGCAGACAACCUGUGUCUCAGGUGAGAGAUUAAAAUGAUACAUUCUGUGGCUGAAAUGUUUUCUUUGUUUACAAUUUUCUAUUAUCAGUCAAAUUCACUUUUUACUCUGCUUUUUUAAUAGUCAUCAUAAUGAGAUACAAAGUAAAGUAAAAAUCAAACUGGUUUGUGAAAUGUUGAGGUGAAAUUGAGAAAAUAUUUUACACCACUACUUAUGAAAAUCAAAAAUUGACUUACCAAGGCUCACUUUCAUUGAAUGUUAAUUAAUUUGACAACUUAUUUUAAAUCCUGGCAUAUCAGUUGUUUUCACAUACUGUAUUUCCUUGAAUAAGCACCUUUUGGUUUAAGGUAGGGGGGGUGGCAUGUUUUUAAGGUGGGUGCUUAUUAUUCUUCCUCACUAAUUCUGCUUUAGUUGAAGUGUAAAAAGUGGUGAUAGAUACAGGUUUUCCUUAUAUCCCUACUCCAUAAGAAAUUGAGGGAGGGGGCGGGCACAUCACUAAAAUUACAGUCCAGGGGUGGGCAUUUAUUAGAAUGUGGGUGCUUAUUCGAGGAAGUGUGGUAUUUAUCUAUUUGAUUGCUUUGUGCUUAAAUUUUUUCUCAUAAUUUUUUUCUCAUACACUUUUAUUUAACAUGGCCUGUUCAAUUCCUAAAUUGUAACUUUCCUAAUUCCACUUAACCGUUAGAGUGUCAAGGUGUCUGUACCAAUAAAACAGGAAACAAACAAAGGAGUGAAGCGCCCACAUUCAUCAUCAGAGACAACAGAUGUACCAAAAGUUGCUACAAGGUUGGUCAUUCAAAAAAUAGUUUUACUGUAAUUUCUGGCCAAUUACCUGCUGGUAUUCUGUCAAUUUUUCCACUAACAGUAGUUGGUGCGGGUUAUAGGAAGGUGUGGGUAAUACGAUAAUUUUUAACGCUUCUGGUAUAGUUUUAAAACAAUAAGCAGGAAAAACAGGGAUGAUAAGAUCCACCUAUGAUACUCUUCAAAAAACCUGUGCAAUAACUCAUUUAUUUUGUGCAGAUUGCUCAUUAUAAUGAGAGACUUUAAUGCUCUCGAUGAAAGCUGAUGCAAAUUGAAAACACAUCUACAAAGCUCAAUAAUGAAGCUUUCAUCUUGUUUGUUCUCUUACUUUCUUACCUUGUCAAUUUCAUAGCUUGUUUCUUUGUUUAGUUCAAAAACAAUCUCACUUACAUGGGUAGUGAACUUGAAAAUAAAAGAAUUUAAUUGCGAAAAAGCUGUCUUCAUAGCGAAUCACAUGCAAAAUGAUGCUGACAUGUUCAUUUCAUGGUGCUGCAUAAUUAAUGGUGUGACAGAAUUUUUGAUACAUCAGUGAAAUUUUCUCAGCUGGCACUGCCUUGAGUUAAAGCGUAUUUUCCCAUUUCAAGCGAUUUCUUCAACUUGUAGAUCUCAAGAUAUUGGUUUUUUUUUAGAACAGAUUUUUACAAGUGGUGUCAUUUUCAAUUAAACAGGGAAGACAAAAAGUGUAAAUAAUUGUUAACUGCAUGCUAAAGAAUAUCAUGUCAAAAAUAAUAAUGAAGGAACUUUGUGUGAGGCCAUGAUUUUCUUUAUUUUUGGGUGCAGGUUAUCUGCUAGUGCAGGUAAUCUGUUGAAAUUUUCUUCUCGUUAUUGCAAAAACUGACCCACGCAGGUAAUCUGCUGCAUGGGUAAAUGGACAGAAAUUACAGUAACCCUUUACACCCAAAGCUUCUUUAGAUGGUGAUCAUUUCCAUUAUUCUUGUGACCCUAAUCUAUAUAAUAUAGCGGUGAUAUUAUAAGGAGGAAUUGGACACUAGUCACUCUUGAGGGUCAGAUGGUUAAAUGUGAAUACAGAGUGAUCUAUUUGUUAUCUAAAGUAUCUUUAGUUUUUUUCUUGUUGAAAAGAUGGAAAGGAAAUUUGGGUUGCAAAGGUUGAUAAGCAUUUCAUUUCAGAGAAACUUGUGGAAAGAUAAGCCAUGAUACACAAGUUCUAUGUUUAACUUGUGUAUUUUAUAUAGAGAGGAUCAAAAAGCAUAAAGAAUGUGUUCAGUGACUAGUUGAAUGAGAAAGUUAUUUUCCCGAACUGGCAAUUGUGCUAUGGGGAUCUUCAAGUACUUCCCAUUAUUGUUGCAAUAAAUCUUAAUAAAAUUCCUAGUGAUUUUGAUUCUUAAACUUGUUCAUUUAGAUUAAAACAAGGCCUAACUCAAGAUCAACAGGCAGUUAUUCGACCUGAUGUCAAAACGCCUUUUAGUACCCAUGAAGACCUUAUUAAAAGACUAACACCUUACCAUGUGUGUUAUGAUCCAAGUCCUACUCCUGCUGAUGUUCAGAAAGGUCAGUCUUGACAACACACAAUUGUCUCCUGUUAACUCGAACCCUUGGUUUGAACCAAAAUCCUUUCUCCUUGUCAAGUCUGUUAUACAUUUUUUACAAUUUUACCCUUGAACUUCCAUUAACUUGAGCAAGUCUUCAUAUCCUGUCUGGGCAUUCCUAUUAAAAGUAUCAUUUCUAAGCAUGUUUGUCAAUGUGACAGGUGACAAGAAGCAGUGACGUAGUCCAAAACAAUGCACUUCUUUGAAAUAGCUAGAAAUUUUUUGUCUUUUUUUGUCAAUGGUACAUUGUCUAUGCAACCUGAGUCUUGUGUGAUAUGUAACUUUGCUUGGACAAAGGGUUAAUGCUUGAAACAUCAGCUUUGGAAACUCCUUAUGGUGGCCAAUUUGCAUGAUUAACUCAGUUGAUAAGACUAAAAAUGAUAUAAACUAUAGGACCAUGUGGCAAAGUGGCUUAAGCAUUUGAGUCAGGCAGGGCCUACGUCUUUUAUUCUAUGGCCAGACUCAAUUUACUUUCACAAAGCCUUUCUCCAUCUAGGAAUAGUGAUGGGUAGCAAGGGAUUGUGAUUUAAUGCUGGCUGGUAACCCUGCAACAGAUUGGGAUUCCAUAAACAUGUAGGGGGAAGUUGUGAUACUUCCAGUCACUCUAUGCCACUAAGAAUGGGAUAUGAUCUGGUGGGAUAGGCCUUCUGGUUUGUAAGCCAGGUUUUCAUGUACAUAGCAUUUUGUUGAGUGCUUCCUUGUGUUCAUUCUUAUCCUACUUUUUGUACCCAGCUGAUGCUCUUUUUGGGGCUGUCUCGACCCAACUGGUGAAACGAAGUCAAAAAAUGAUGGAGAAAUAUCGUCAACUCUUAUAUGAUGAGAGUAUGGUAAGGUGUCUUUUUAUUCACUCUCUAUCUUUAUUCAUACAUCCCUUGUUACUUCAGCACUAAACAUCAAUUUUACUCAGUAUGUUCAAAACAUUUCUUAUAAUUUUAGCAAGAGGAACUUGAUGUAGGAGUAAACAUCCCCUAGCUGAUAUAUUUUUCUUCAAAUUACUUUUCUUCUUGAAAAUUUGAUGAUAUUAUUAGACAAAAUUGCUCUUUGGUCACCUUGGAAAGUGAGAAAGAAUGUUUGGGUGCAGAAACAACCUUUCAACCAAUCUUAAAAAUUUAAUCAUUACACUGAAAUCUCAGGUACUACCUCAAGUUGGUUCUUAGGAACUGACCAGCACAGUUAACCCUUCUACACCCUAGCAUCAGUCUACUUUUCUCCAUACUGUUCUCUAUACAUUUCCCAUGAUAUUGACAAAGAGAAUUUGUAGAACAAUCAAGAGCAUCUCUAGUUGGUGAUCAUUUCCUUUAUUCUCAUGACCUCGCUGUUAGUUUUAGGGGUGAUACUGAUGGGGAAAAUAGUUACUAAUCACUCUAGGAGCUUAAAGAGUUAAAAAAAACUUGUACACAGUAUCAAUGAAUGAGUACCUGGAUUUAGUAAUUUAAUUGCUAUGGUUAACAAGAGUUAAAGCCAAAAUCUUGUGAUGUUGUCACACUGUGUUAAAGACAUUUUUUAAUUUAAGAACACAAAACUUAUUGUCAUGUACACAGCAUCACAACCUGUUGAAAAUGGAUAUCAUUAACACUUCAAAUUUGCAAGACCUGUUAUUAUGCUGUGCAGCUAGUAGGUGGCUCAUGCACCAGCGUGCAUGUAUUGAGAUAUGAAAGAUACAGGAAAUUUAGAGAGCAUGAUGUCCGUACAGUAGUUGCUUGAGGCACAGCGUAGAGGAACUCUACAAUAAGAAACAAAAUUGUGUACACAAUGGUAUUUUCAACCCCUAUUACUUCAAUUUGAUCUACUUUGCUCUUGUUAAGUUAACCUUUUUGCCCCUUCUCCCCCAACCCCCAAACCCCCCCCUUAUCAAUAAAAAAAGUGUUGUAUCGUGAUUCCACAAGCUUUUAGCUACAUACAGGCAACUCUAAAUGGGAGAGGGGAGGGGGGUCUUGUCAAUGAUUUAAAGUGUGGUAGAAACAGAAAUGUUAUUCUACACAUAAACAGAACAUCUUCAAAGAGACGCUGAUUGUAGCUUCUUGAGUUCUCUCUAAACUUCCCAAGUUUUUCAUACAUUGAUGAAUGUACCACAGAUGGGAACUGGUGGCAAUAUAACUGAUGCUUAAUUGUUUGCUAACAUAUUAGUGUUCCAUAAAGAGGAAUUUUGUCUGUGAGGUUUCAAUACACUUCACUGGCACACACAUUUGGAAUUCUUAGCAUUCUGGCACCAUUGAACUAGAUUACAUGUUGCUUGAAUGUUCUUUGAUAUAAUUUAAAUUGGUUAAGAAAAGUAAAUUAUGUGAAUAUUUGUGUUAAAAUUUUCUCAUGCAGCGGGAGCAUCCCUCAGCUGAAAUGGUCAUGCUCUACAGAGUUUUCUUGACUAAUGAACGUUCAUUGCUGGCUGAUGAGAGAAAAAUAGCCAAAGGUAUUUAUCAUGUUUUUUUUUGUGGGCUGUUGAUGGAAGCAAGCAAAGUAGUUUACUGUCCUAUAAUGUUUGUAACUUUCUUUCUCACGAAUGAUGUUCAGAAUUUUAGUACAGUCCCAUAUAAAUAUUAUUUCAUAGCUUACUUACUUGGCUUCAAGUUGAACAAAGACUCAAAUAAAACAGAUACUACAGACAAUCUCCAUUUAAUUUUGAUUGUACUUGUGUAACUCCUAAGUUUCAUGUUAUUUAUCAUAUUGAUAUUUCAUUUCAGAAAACCCUGAAGAAAUCCUUAAUAUUAUCAAAAAGGAGAAGCAGACUAUUGAGUCAUCAAAUGACACAGCAACAGAUGACACUGUAACAAAAGAUAUCACUUCUGAUGAAACUAUGGAUUUUGUGGAAUCAACUACUGAAAGUGAUGUGGUCAAUAGUAUGAAAAAUUCUGUGUCUGAGGCUUCUUCUAAAAUUUCUUCUCUUUUAAGUGUAAAUUAUUCUCCAUCUUCGUUAAACUACUCUUCAAAUUCUUUGUCACCAAAGACUGAAACUUCAUCCUCAUCAUCAUCACUUCUUUCUACAAGAACACCUACAUUAGUUUCUACCAGCUCUGUCAACAACCAUGUGUCUAGUUUAUCUUCGCAAGAUCAUUUAGAUAAACAGGAUUCACUAAGCAAAGAAAGCUCUGGUGGAAAUCACAAGUUGUCAGCAGACUUAAGCAUUGAUUCCCAGAUGGACACAGAAUGUGAAAAAGAAGAUGUGACUGCUACUUUGGCUUUGCUCAAUUCCAUGGCAUCUGAACUGGAUGAAGUUUUAGAUGUUGAAGGAACACUUUAGGAAUAGUUGGUUCGACUCCACACUUAUCUCUUGUCAAUAAUCUUGGUGUUUACUUGCAGUGCAAGAAAAAUUACAGAUAUUUAACACUUAAAAUUCCAAAGUCUAAUUAAUUUUUUCUUCUAGUUGUGGCACACUUUUCCUUAAGAUAAUCAAUUUGUUUUUCCUUUAUCAAGAAAUUCUGUGGCUGUUGUCUUUCUCUGUCUUUUGAAUUGCCAUAUUUUCAGGAUAAAUGGCUUCAAAUGACAUUCCUCUUUGGGUGUUUAAGGGUUCAGAUGAAUUUCAUUGUCAAGGAUAGCAGCAACAAUAAGAAUAACAGUAAGACACUGUGAAAUGAAUAUGAGUUCUUAUUUUGGUUAGACACAUUACUGACACAACAAAUUCCUUCCUCACCAGUUUUUGUAUUACAUACAGUAAGUUUUUCGAACCCAGGGUAGUCUCAUUAUCUGGAUGAUCAGACUGCAUGAGCAAAUGUUUCUAUUACAUUAGAAAGUUGGUUCUAAUAUACUUAUCUUGCAUCUGAAAGCCUUUAAGUGUUCAACAUGACUCUUGAAUUUUCAGAAAUUUCCACAAUUUUUUGGGUGCUAUUUACUCACAUUCUCCUCCAUAUUUAUAGUCCUGGAUUUCUUGUGCACCCUCACUGAUGCUUAUGUCAGUUGUUUCCUUAACAUAUGCUCAUGCCUGCCACAAAAGCCAGGAAUGAAAGCUCACAGCAUUUAAAU